UUUCUCUGAUAUGUUAUUUAUUGUUCAUUCUGUAAUUUAUAACAUAGUGUAUGUGUUUGUGUAUUAUUAUGUUUGUUAAAUUAAAUAAUGUUCUGCAGUAACGGUCGUCCAUUUAUGCUAGCCUGGCUAAGUGUACAGCACUGCAAAGUAUUCCAAGCCGAGAGAACAACGAAAGCCUUUACCCGCUGCGUGAACUGACUUACUGCCUAUCUGAGGAGGCAUCAGGACGGAUACCACAUCCUACCACACCUCUUCUUGUCCAAGCAGCCCCCUUGACUGUUGGAUACUAUUCGGGAACUAUUUGAAAGCGGUCAACCAGAAUAUAUUCUUUCCCUUUUAAACGGAAUGGAUUUUGAAAAUACCUAACCUGGAGGGUUUGCUGUACAAGUGUUGUUAAAAGUCUGCUGGUGGAGAUUGCCAAAUUUUGAGAAGGUCGCAUUAAGUCUUUCUGGAGGGAACUACGUUAAAGCCAAAAUGGAUCAAGCCAGCGGUGGGGAGGACCCAAAUAAACCCUCCAAAAAGAAAUCCAACGAGGACGAGGGUAAAAACAAAAAGCUGAACAUACACAUAAAAACAUUGGCUGAUGAUAUGCGUGAUCGUAUUACCAGUUUCAGAAAAACAGGGAUGAAGAAGGAGAAGCUUCUUAUACAGCACCCAACAGAUCCCCUCUCUAUCCAGGCCGAACUGCCUGUUCCUCAGCCCCUUUUUGACGACCGCUCCAUGAACCUCUCGGAAAAGGAGAUCAUUGACCUCUUCGAGAAGAUGAUGGAGGACAUGAACCUGAAUGAGGAACGCAAAGCCCCUUUGCGUGGAAAGGACUUGAGCACCAAACGAGAGAUGGUGGUCCAGUACAUCUCAGCUACUGCCAAAUCUAUAACUGGGAGCAAAGUUGCGGGUGGACUAAGGAACAGCAAGCACGAGUCUACACUUUCAUCCCAAGAGUAUGUUCACGAGCUGCGUUCUGGCAUCACAGAAGAAAAGUUGCUCAAUUGCCUGGAGUCCCUGAGAGUGUCUCUCACUAGUAACCCUGUCAGUUGGGUUAACAACUUUGGUUAUGAGGGUCUUGGCCUUCUUCUCGAUGCUUUGGAGAAGCUGCUGGACAAGAAACAGCAAGAGAAUAUUGAUAAACGGAACCAGCAUAAACUUAUCCAAUGCUUGAAGGCUUUUAUGAACAAUAAGUAUGGACUGCAAAGUAUCUUGGGAGAUGAGCGGAGCCUGUUGCUGUUGGCACGAGCAAUUGACCCCAAACAGACCAACAUGAUGACCGAGAUUGUCAAAAUUCUCUCUGCUUUCUGUAUUAUUGGAGAGGAAAACAUCCUGGAUAAGAUUCUAGCUGCCAUGACAAUUGCUGCAGAGAGGAACAAUAAAGAGAGAUUUGCUCCAAUUGUGGAAGGUCUGGAGAACCACGAGGCCCAGCAGCUCCAGGUUGCUUGCAUGCAGCUGAUCAAUGCCCUGGUCACCUCCCCCGAUGACCUGGACUUCCGGAUACAUCUCCGCAAUGAGUUCUUAAGAUGUGGCCUCAAGAAGAUCCUACCUGAGCUAAAAGAGACAGAGGAGCUAGACAUCCAGCUGAAGGUGUUCAAUGAGAACAAGGAGGAGGACUCUAUCGAACUCUCCCAUCGCCUGGAUGACAUCCGCGCUGAGAUGGAUGAUAUGAAUGAAGUGUACCAUCUCCUGUCCAAUAUGGUGAAAGACACUGGCUCAGAGACCUACUUCCUGUCAGUCCUUCAGCACCUUUUGCUCAUCAGAAAUGACUAUUACAUCAGGCCUCAGUAUUACAAGGUGAUAGAAGAAUGCGUGUCUCAGGUGGUCCUGCAUCGCAGUGGGAUGGACCCUGACUUUGGCUACAGUAAAAGAUUGGACGUGGACUUCACUCAUCUGAUUGAUCAGUGUGUGGAUAAAGCCAAAGUUGAAGAGAGUGAGCAGAAGGCUGCGGAGUACUCCAAAAAGUUUGAUGAGGAGUUCAGUGCACGGCAGGAGGCCCAGGCCGAGUCUCAAAAGAAGGAAGAGAGAAUCAAAGAGUUGGAGGGGAAGAUCAAGGCCCUGGAGUCCCAGUUAACUAUUGAAAAAGACAAGCUCAAAGAGGCUCAGAGACUCAUCGGGGAAUCUGAAGCCAAGAUUGCAGCAGGUCCAACUGCGCCUGGAGCACCACCUCCACCACCCCUACCAGGGGGUGCAGCAGCUCCACCUCCUCCCCCCCCACCUCCUCCCCCACCUCCACCUGGUGGCUGUCCUCCCCCACCUCCUCCUCCUCUCCCCGGUCACGCUGGCUUGACACCACCACCACCACCUCCACCUCCUCCCCCAGGUGGAGGACCUCCACCUCCACCACCACCCCCCGGGUGUGGGGGUCCACCUCCUCCGCCUUUCUUCGGGGGCCCACCUGCAUUGCCUGUCAUCAAGCUGCCUUAUGGACUGGAGCCCAAGAAGACCUACAAGCCUGAAACUGUGAUGAAGAGGGUCAACUGGACCAAGAUAGUGCCUCAGGAAAUGGCAGAGAAUUGCUUCUGGAUCAAAGUCAAAGAAGAGAAGUUUGAGAAUCCUGACCUAUUUGCUCAGCUCUCCCUCUGCUUCUCGUCGCAGAGCAAAGUGAAAAAAGACGUGAAAGAUGAGACUGAUGACAGAAUGCAACAAUUCAAGAAAAAGGCAAAAGAGCUUCGCAUCCUGGAUGCAAAAACAGCACAGAAUCUUUCAAUUUUCUUGGGCUCGUUCCGCCUGCCUUAUGAAGAGAUCCGGGACAUUGUGCUGGAGGUAGAUGAGGAAAGACUGAGCGAAUCACUCAUCCAGAACCUGAUAAAGAACCUGCCAGAGCAGAAAGAGCUGAAUUCGCUAGCGGAACUAAAGGGUGAAUAUGAAGAGCUAGUGGAGUCAGAGCAGUUUGGCAUUGUGAUGAGUUCAGUAAAACUCCUACGACCACGUCUGAACGGCAUUCUGUUCAAGCUGACGUUUGAGGAGCAGGUGAAUAACAUCCGGCCAGACAUCAUGAAUGUGACAUUUGCCUGCGAGGAGGUGAAGAAGAGUGAAAGUUUAAGCAAACUUCUGGAGUUGGUAUUGCUGGUUGGCAAUUACAUGAAUGCCGGCUCAAGGAAUGCCCAGACGUUUGGUUUCAACAUCAGCUUCCUCUGCAAGCUCCGAGACACUAAAUCCAUCAGUCAGAAUACAACACUUCUCAAUUUCCUCGCUGAAAAGUGUGAAGAGACUCACCAAGAGAUUUUGAGGUUUCCAGAUGAACUGGAACAUGUCGAGAGUGCCAGCAAAGUGUCUGCUGAGAUCUUAAAAACCAGUUUGACUACCAUGGAACGGCACAUUCAGAGGCUUGAGAACGACAUCGAGAACUUUCCCAAAACGGAUGACCAACAAGAUAAGUUUGUGGAAAAGAUGUUGGGCUUCUCCAAGCAUGCACGGGAGCAGUAUGAAAAACUGUCGACGAUGCACAAGAACAUGCAAAAGCUUUAUGAGAGCAUAGGCAGCUAUUUUGCCUUUGACCCCCACACGGUCAGUGUGGAGGAUUUCUUCGGAGAAUUGGCCAACUUCCGCAUACUCUUCAUGGAAGCAGUGAAGGAGAACCACAAAAAGAAGGAGAUGGAGGAGAAGAUCAAGAGAGCCAAGCUGGCGAAGGAGAAAGCAGAGCGGGAGAAGCAGGAGCGCCAGCAGAAGAAGAAGCAGCUGAUUGACAUGAACAAAGAGGGAGAUGAAACCGGUGUGAUGGAUAGCCUAAUGGAAGCUCUACAGUCUGGAGCAGCCUUCCGUGAUCGACGAAAACGAACACCACGCAAUGGUGAUCAAAGCCCUUCCAGUCCAUCGUCUCGGUGGCCGGGUGCUAACUAUGGUAACAGAACCCUAGACAACCGCCGCGCAGUCCUGGAAAGGUCUCGUUCACGCCACAACACAAACCACCAAGCUCGAUGAUCGCUCGCGCCUACCACAAGACGCUAGAUAAGUGCCAAAGAGGCCUGCGAGGUGGAGACCUGGAAGACAUCUGAAGGAGGGACAGACCACCAAUCACUGUAGCGCGCGUGCCCACACACACACACACACACACACACACACACAGCAACAAGUAUGGAACAAAAACGCAUAAAGAAUCCACACAGAACUGAAGCAUCUACAGUAUAUCACACAGAGACAUUUCAUUUUCAUGCUGUUCAUCUGACGCCUUACAUAUUUAUUCAACACUUUCCCAUCACUCUAAAUGUCCAUGUCCUCUCUAGAUGGUUUUGAUUUAUAGAACGAAAAAAAAGGCUGCUGCUGUUUUUAAAGAAAGGUUUUCUUUGCUUGGAAAUCACUACAGUUCACAUUCAGUUUUGACACAAAGCAUGCAGUGUUUUGAUAAUAGACAUUUUGCCACACACAGUAGAUUCAGCAAAGAGGCAGCAGGCCAGCUGUCCUUAAUAUGCAAGACGGGGAUUCAACACCCAUGUUGGCAAGCCAACAACCUGCUGACGUUUUCUUCAAUAAGUCUCUGAACUUUUCACGGAAAAGGGUUGCUUAAAAUGUUUUUGUUUUUUCUGUCAAUCCCUCCUUCAACCAACAUCAAGCCAAUUUUUACCAGUAAAUGUACAAAGAGUCCACAUGAAUCAUUUAAUUUCAUUACAUAUCCCACAAAGCAACAAGACCCUGGCCCCUGUCUGCGCCGAUAUUUCAGAGCAUCUGACUCAUGGAUCUAGAAAUUGUAAUCUUCAUUUUGACAGGGUGCAUUUUAUUUUUAGUUGUGUAAUAUCUAACCAAUGCCUUCGGGUGCUGAUCUCUGUCCCAAGGUUGCUUUUGCUGUUAACAUGAGAGACUGACACAUUUCUAAAUGCAUAUAACUGCCGAGAGGCGCUAACACGACCCUCUGACCUUUUCUGCAGACACACAGGUUUUCGGUGGGGAAAGGUUGAUUGUACAAAGGUAUAACAACGUUUUAUAUAUUAAUCUAUUUCAAUCUGUGUAUUUAUUUUUCUUUAUACGAAGGCUCUAAAAAGAAGUCCAGUAAUGCCCUCUGUUUGGAGACCAAUGGUUAAAAGGUCACGCUACUUAGAAUUCCCACAGCAAUUCUUUUUAUUUUUUUUCCCCCAUUUUCAAAAAUAUUAAACAAAAACAAGCUCUGUAGAAAAAAAGACAUGUUAAACAUAGUGUCAUAUGAACACAUUUUGUUCAUAUUUUACCAUUCGAACAGACAUGUUAUUAAUAUAAACAGGGCUAAGCUGCUUUAAAAAAAAUCACAGCUGAGAUUUUAAUGGGCAAAAUGUUUUCAGACUUAUAUGAAACACAGGACGUAUUUUGUUCAUACCGUUCAGCAUCGAAACAAACACCUAAUGCUUGGAGUUUGUGUACAAAAUAGUUCAAACUUUGCUGUAAGCUUUGUUCCUCUGUAAGGACCCACUGUCACAGUUUAUUCACGUGAACUAGUUAUUCAUAUAUUCAUGCCUAGGGCAGCCCUGUUCCCUUACUGCCCUAAACUGUAAGCAGAUGCUACUAAAAACAACCAUUGAAUCCACACGGAGUGAGCAUGACUAUAGUAAUAGACUAAGGGGCACAGAAGACAAAAAUGAUGCUUGUCUUAGUAAGUGAGUCUCCAAAUGCCCUCCAAUUAGCCAAAACUUAAAGCAUACUGUAAGUGACCCUUUUUACCACACCACAAGUUACUUUAGUAAUACCAUAGCUCUGCUUUAGGCUUUUUGUGUGUUUGUGUGUGUGCGUGUGUGCCAUGCCAGCUCAGUAAUCGGAACAGGAACCCAGGCGGAAUAGGAUUCAGUGUGCUUGACUCCUGGGCUGUAUAGAUGGAGAUUUUUCAUUUAAACAAUCUGCCAGUGCUGCUUGUGAUGUGUCUGUUUCAUGAUGCCUCCUCUCCCUGCCUGCAUGCUUCUAAAAAUGCAAUUUUACACAUCAUCUCGGCUCAAGGUGCAUCCACAAUGCACCGAGAAGUCUGCAUAUUUAAGAAGACAAUAAUUCUUCUGCGAACAUAAGGUUCGAGCAGUCGCACAGAGAGAGCAUAGAGAUGAGGUUUCCGCAUAAGGGAUUCUGCGUGGAUAGGAGUUUCAAGGGUGCGUUGUAUACAGCAGAGAUAGAGAUGUAUCAUCAAAGGCAGUGAUUUCCUUUUUCUAAUCGCAACUUGCCCUCUGUCCUCAACACCACCACGCCUGUACAGUUUAGUAAAGUAUUGAUUAUCAGAAUCAAGACUCAAUCAAGAAUACCAGUGUCUGCUGUGACAUUAGUUGUUGUUUUUCUGAAUGGAUACUGUACAUGCCAAAACAACCAUUGAUUUGUGGUUGACAAUUUGACUUAAAACGUUAUCUUGAUAAAAUUCAAAUCGGAUUUCUUUUUAUGUGCCAACUUUUUUUGGUUUUGGGAAAACGCAGUUCUCCACAUACAAUGACAGAAAAUCAUGUAUUUUUACUUUUUUUGUAUAUCAAAGAGUGCAGGUAUCUUUUUGUCAAUGUAUGCGAAAGAUUGUACAGCCAUAAAAACUAGAUUUUUUUAAAAUGUUAUUUUAACUAUUGUUUAAUAGAUUGAUCCAAUUAAGUCAUUCAAAGUAGAUUUUGAUGUGAUUACAAAUUGAUAGUCAUGUGGUAUUUCUUAUCAAAAACACUCAAAUAUUGUAAUUUAUUUGGAGUAAAAAAAAAAAACACAUUUUGUGAUGAUGCCUUUGUAGAACGUAAUAAGCUAAGAGCUAGGGUGUUAGCAAUUGUAGAAGUUUCAGAUCAUGCAUCUUUCCUGCAACAGUGAUCACUAUGAACAAUUGAUGCAACCCAAAACUGAAUAGGAAAAAUGCAUCAUAAAACUUUAGGUUUUGCCAUUUCAAUUGAUAAAAUGCCUAGAAAGCAGUGACUGAAAAAACAUGAACGGUAAAAUGAUUUAUCUUAAUAAAAGCAGAGCAGACAAUUUUCAAAUAUAAGAGAAACUUCUACAAUGAAAAUACUAUAGUAACUUCUACAAAAACAUUCUUUAUCAUCCCUGUAAGUGACUGUUGUACCCCCCCCCCCCACCCCACCCCCUUACCAUAUUUUAGGAUACUCAUAAUUAUGUAUUUAUAUAGAAAAAUAGCAGGAGUGUUUCAGGUCAAAGAACCUGAAUUGUUCCAUCAUUUUAGUGUGGAAAAAAAG